CACAGUUACAGGCUAGCAUCUCAUAUAAAAGAAACAAAUAUAUACAUAUUUCUUUUUGUAAUUCUAAAGUAUGGUAAAAGAUGGUGGAGUGGCUGAGCAUGGAUCAUUCACAGUCAAAGACUACCACGAUCCACCACCGGCGCCGUUGAUUGAUGCGGCGGAGCUUACAAAGUGGUCAUUUUACAGAGCUAUUAUAGCUGAGUUUAUAGCCACCUUGCUUUUCCUUUACAUUACGGUUUUGACUGUGAUAGGGUACAAGAGCCAGACUGAUACCAACGCCGGCCACGGCGGUGAUCAGUGCGGUGGCGUUGGAGUUCUUGGUAUUGCAUGGGCCUUUGGUGGCAUGAUCUUCGUUCUUGUCUACUGCACUGCUGGAAUUUCCGGGGGGCACAUUAAUCCAGCAGUGACAUUCGGGCUUUUCUUGGCCCGGAAGGUGUCGAUGAUCAGAGCCAUUAUGUAUAUGGUGGCUCAGUGUUUGGGGGCCAUUUGUGGCGUCGGACUGGUGAAGGCAUUCCAGAAAGCAUAUUACAAGAAGUACGGCGGCGGCGCCAAUGAACUCGCAGACGGCUACAGCACCGGCGUGGGAUUGUCGGCUGAGAUCAUCGGAACAUUCGUUCUUGUUUACACAGUUUUCUCAGCCACCGAUCCCAAGAGAAGUGCCAGGGAUUCCCAUGUUCCUGUUUUGGCACCUCUCCCAAUUGGAUUUGCAGUUUUCAUGGUUCACUUGGCAACCAUCCCAAUCACUGGUACUGGCAUCAACCCUGCUAGAAGUUUUGGAGCUGCAGUAAUCUACAACCAGGAAAAGGCUUGGGAUGACCAGUGGAUCUUCUGGGUAGGACCCUUCAUUGGUGCAGCCAUUGCAGCCUUCUACCACCAGUUUAUUUUGAGAGCGGGAGCAGCUAAAGCUCUUGGUUCAUUCAGAAGCAGCUACCAUGUUUGAUUAUAAUUGUAAAAAUCUCUUUGGUUUUAAUUGCUUUUUGGCAAAUCAUUGAAUGAAUAAUGUUGAAUUGCAAUUAGAUUUCAUGUUUAAGAUU